GCUGCCUUCAGACCAGCUCAGGAGCCAUGGGGCGCUGGGCCUGGGUCUCCAGCCCCUGUCCCUCCCUGGGGCUGGGCCCCUUCCUCCUCCUCCUCCUCCUCCUCCUGCUGCUGCCGCGGGGGUCCCAGCCCCAGCCUGGCGGGAACCGUACGGAGUCCCCAGAACCUAAUGCCACAGCGACCCCUGCGAUCCCCACUAUCCUGGUGACCUCUGAGACCCCAGCAACGAGUGCUCCAGAGGCAGAGGGACCCCAACGUGGGGGGCUCCCACCCCCGCUCAGGGCAGUUCCCUCGAGCAGCAGCCCCCAGGCCCAAGCACUCACCGAGGACGGGAGGCCCUGCAGGUUCCCCUUCCGCUAUGGGGGCCGCAUGCUGCACGCCUGCACUUCGGAGGGCAGCGCCCACAGGAAGUGGUGUGCCACAACUCACAACUACGACCGGGACAGGGCCUGGGGCUACUGUGUGGAGGCCACCCCGCCUCCGGGGGGCCCAGCUGCCCUGGAUCCCUGUGCCUCCGGCCCCUGCCUCAAUGGAGGCUCCUGCUCCAAUACCCAGGACUCCCAGUCCUACCACUGCAGCUGCCCCCGGGCCUUCACCGGCAAAGACUGCGGCACGGAGAAGUGCUUCGACGAGACCCGCUACGAGUACCUGGAGGGGGGCGACCGCUGGGCCCGUGUGCGCCAGGGCCACGUGGAACAGUGCGAGUGCUUGGGGGGCCGGGCCCGGUGCGAAGGCACCCGACAUACAGCUUGCCUGAGCAGCCCUUGCCUGAACGGGGGCACCUGCCACCUGAUUGUGGCCACCGGGACCACCGUGUGUGCCUGCCCACCAGGCUUUGCCGGGCGGCUCUGCAACAUCGCGCCUGAUGAGCGCUGCUUCUUGGGGAAUGGCACUGGGUACCGCGGCGUGGCCAGCACCUCAGCCUCGGGCCUCGGCUGCCUGGCCUGGAACUCCGAUCUACUCUACCAGGAGCUGCACGUGGACUCGGUGGGCACCGCGGCCCUACUGGGCCUGGGCCCCCACGCCUACUGCCGGAAUCCGGACAGUGAUGAGAGGCCCUGGUGCUACGUGGUGAAGGACAGCGCGCUCUCCUGGGAGUACUGCCGCCUGGAGGCCUGCGGUGCGCGGCUGGCGGGGGAGGCUGCCUCGGGCCCCACCGAGGUCACGGCAGUUUUCCCCGUGACCCUCCUAGCCCCUCCCCACUCCUGGCUACUGCACCAACUCCCUCACAAUCCAGCUGCACAAAUCCUGGCAAACCUGCUAGCCACCUCCCCGGGACACAGCCGCGGCGGAGGCAUAACAGACGCGGCGUUCCUGCGGCCACGCAUCUAUCGGCGGCUCUCCUCGCUGCCGGCUCCCACCCCUGGCUGCCGCCAUCACACGGGAACAGCUGUCCGCCGGAGCCUUCCAAACCUGCUGGGCUGGUGUCGGCGCCGCACGCUUCUCCCACAGGCCGGGUCGGGGGUGGGGGGAGGUGACCCUGGUGGCCAGGGGAGGGCUGGUCCAUGCACCUGCCAGCCUCCCUUGCACAGUCCCCCCAGGGAAAGCGUCUCAGUGGUGCUGGGCCAGCACUUCUUCAACCGCACGACGGACGUGACGCAGACCUUCGGCAUCGAGAAGUACAUCCCGUACACUCUGUACUCGGUAUUCAGCCCCAGCGACCAUGACCUCGUCCUGAUCCGGCUGAAGAAGAAAGGGGACCGCUGUGCCACACGCUCACAGUUCGUGCAGCCCAUCUGCCUGCCCGAGCCCGGCAGCACCUUCCCUGCUGGACACAAGUGCCAGAUUGCAGGCUGGGGCCACUUGGACGAGAACGUGAGCGGCUACUCCAGCUCCCUGCGGGAGGCCCUGGUCCCCCUGGUCGCCGACCACAAGUGCAGCAACCCUGACGUCUAUGGCGCCGACAUCAGCCCCAACAUGCUCUGUGCCGGCUACUUUGACUGCAAAUCCGACGCCUGCCAGGGGGACUCAGGGGGGCCCCUGGCCUGCGAGAAGAACGGCGUGGCCUACCUCUACGGCAUCAUCAGCUGGGGGGAUGGCUGCGGGCGGCUCCACAAGCCGGGGGUCUACACCCGCGUGGCCAACUAUGUGGACUGGAUCAACGACCGGAUACGGCCUCCCAGGCGGCUUAUGGCUCCCUCCUGACCCUCCAGCGGGGCACCCUGGUUCCCACCGUUCCCUGCCUUGCUGACAAUAAAGAUACUUCCAAGAACCCA